AUGCCUCUUAUGGCUUCUGAUCCUAUAGUCGGUGAUGGUCACCCCAACUCCUCAAAACGCUUUCGAGGAGAACGCACCUUUUCAGAGCUCCUGGCAGAACAUCCUGGAGAACUAGUCACUACUGACAGUCCUAACUUCGUAUGUACUAUAUUGCCAUCGCACUGGCGUUGCAACAAGACACUGCCAGUCCCUUUCAAAGUUUUAUCUUUAAGUGACAUAGCUGAUGGUACUAAAGUAAUCUUGACAGCCGGCAAUGAUGAAAACUCAGCUGCUGAAUUAAGAAAUGCUUGUGCAACUUUUAAGAACCAAGUAGCCAGAUUCAACGACCUUAGAUUUGUUGGGCGAUCAGGCAGAGCAUUCCAAACUCCUACUGAUGUACCUUUACCAGCAUGGCCUCCUUCAUCACCUCACAUACCAGGUAUUCGUUCACCUGUAUGGCAAUAUCCCAGCGUCAUUACCAGUCAAGCUAUUGGACCCCCUCAAGUUGACACAAGUAGUACUGGCUCGGUAGCGCCAAGCACAGAUACCCUAAGUAAUGGAAGUUCCACGCCCCCAAAUGUUAGCAACGGGGAACAAAUACCUAACAGUUCAAAUGGGUCCGAUUCAAAAUUCAUCUUUCCCCCUGGAAAUCCAAUACCUCUCUCCCCAGGAUUAUUUGGUACCCCAACUUUCUUUAACCCAUCAACAAAUAACUUACCCAUCACCCCAACCCUUCUGACUCCAACUGUUAGUUUCUCAGAACCCUACAUUCGACACACGGUCAACUCUACUCUCCCUUCACUCUAA